CAGAGGCGACAAGCAACACAUAAGCUUCAGCAACAUCUCUUCGCAGUUUGGCUUCUUCAGCUUCUACUCCUCCAUGGGGCAGCUCUUUCAACUCGACACCUUCAACUCGACGGUUGAGCGGCUCUCCGGCAAUUUGAAAAUAAUCCCUCACAAGAAGAAAUGGACAACUACCAUUAUAUUGUCAUCGGUUCUUGGAUCAGCAGCUGCCACCGUGCUAACGGCAGCUGUUGCGUACUGCUACUUUAACUCCAAGUACAGGGGGUGGAAGAAGGAGCUGGAUCAGCUGGCCAAGUCCAUGCAGCUCCUUCCAGGGGUGCCAAUUCAAUUCAAAUUCAAUGAUAUUCGAAGAGCAACCAAAAACUUUCACGAGACGACGAAGCUGGGGCGAGGGGGGUUUGGCGCUGUGUAUAGAUGCAGGCUCCAUGGCCCCAAAAGGGGUGAGGCGCUGGAGGUCGCUGUUAAGAAGUUCACUCGGGAUGACAACCGACGUUAUGAGGACUUCCUAGCAGAGGUCAGCGUCAUCAAUCGUCUCCGCCACAAGAAUAUCGUCCCUCUCGUCGGGUGGUCUUAUAAUCAAGGAGGGCCCUUACUUAUCUACGAGUACAUGCCUAAUAGUAGUUUGGACCAACAUCUCUUCGGCAGGAGCGGUGGUAAACAGCAGCAACCAAGUCAGAUUAACAGGUGGGACACUCGUUAUAACAUGGUGAAGGAUAUUGCUACAGGACUGCACUAUGUCCAUCACGAGUAUGAGCCUAUGGUGCUACACCGUGACAUCAAGGCAAACAACAUCAUGAUCGAUUCCGCCUUCCAAGGGCGCCUAGGGGAUUUUGGACUUGCCUGUGUUGUGGCCGAGGGAAAGAAAUCCUACACUGACAUAGGCGCCCCUGGAACCCUUGGCUUCAGGUCACCUGAGUAUAUUCAGAGCGGAAAGGCCACAACCAAGUCGGACAUCUUUGCAUUUGGGGUCCUCAUCCUGGAGAUUAUAACAGGCGAGGUGGCUGUUGAUGCGGUCCGUCCUCAUCUUACAGAUUGGGUCUGGCAUCUACACAUGGAGGGUAGGCUACUCGAUGCUAUUGACCCUCUGCUGACAACCGAGUUUCAAGCCAGUGAUGCCAAGCGUCUUCUACUUCUCGGUUUGGCAUGCAGCAACCCGAACCCAUCGGACCGGCCAACUAUGGUGGAGGCAGUGCAGAUCAUAACCAAAUCGGCACCGCCACCACACGUGCCUCUUGAGAAGCCAAGGUUUGUAUGGCCACCAGAAGGGCUUUCCUUGAACUCUGACUACAGCACAGAGCUGAGUGGUUUGGGCAGCAGUCUGACAGUUGGGAUCGAGAUGACUGCAGGACAUGGCUCUUCUGAGAACGGAGGCAAUAGUUUGCAGCACCGUCCCAUCACUCCCAUGGCAGGGCCUUCACAGGAGCUCUUCUCCAUUUAUCACACUGCUGAGUAGUGACUGGAAGGUAGUAGUUGAAAAUUCUAGCUACAUAUGCAGGUUGGUUGUGGCAUCGAUUUGAUUUGCUUCACCGAUGAAGCCAUUCGUUGUCUAACCUUUCCAGAUACUGUGUCUUUCGUUUGUAAGGUAUAUAGUAGAUGGUAAAUUCUUGUAUGCAUGUAUCAUGUAUGAACUAGCAAUAUAUAUAGUUCGAUGUCAUAACAAUCUUUCAUAGUUGAACGUA